AGCGAGCAAAAUUUUGUAGUAGGUAUCAUCUGGAUAAAAGUGCUUACUUUUUUUGUUAAUCUGAAUAUUGCAAAUACUUUUGUGAUUCAAUAAACUUGUUAAUUUUUUGUACAAAUAUGGAGUGGGUAAUAUCUGUCAACGAUAUGCUAAAGGACAGUAACAAUAUCACGAAGUUAAACUACACCCUGAUUCCUCCCGGUUUUCAAGGCGAUGUGAGGAGCGUGAGGGUGAUGCAGGAGAGCCUGUCGAAGCUGAUCGACUCGCUGGGCGAGCAGUCGGCAGCGGCGCAGUCGCUCAGCAAGGUCAUCACCACCGCUGAGAAGUUGCGCAACUCGCCCACGCACAUCCUGUAUCUUCUGCGCGACCCUAACGGGAAGGGAGGACGGGGCGAGGUGAUCGGCAUGCUGAAGGUGGGCCGCAAGCACCUGUUCCUCUUCGACGAGCACGACAAGGUGUGCGAGGUGGAGCCGCUGUGUGUGCUGGACUUCUUCGUGCUGCGCGACCGCCAGCGCCACGGCUACGGCCAGCUGCUGUUCGACCACAUGCUGGAGGACCUGGGCAUGACGACCUCGGAGCUGGCCAUUGACGGGCCCUCGGCCAAGAUGGAGCAAUUCUUGGCGCGCCACUACGGCGUGCAGCGCCUCAUGAAGCAGAACAAUAACUUCGCUGUCGCGCCGCAGUUCUUCGCCAAGGCCACGGAUAUCAGCAAGUCGGGGCGCAGCACCCCGGUGGUUUCGGCCGCCGUGGGGCGCUUCGCCGCGCCCAAGCCGCCGUCCGCCAUCGCCACGGUAAUUCAUGGCGGCACGUCGUAUUAUCAGGAAAGUAAUGGCUACUCGCGCUUAGGCCGCGCGGCGAACAGCCACUGACAGGCCCCACUCUGCAAAACUAGCGCCUCUAUCGGCUAAAUUCGGAAACAGAAUUAAUAACGAAUGACAAAUUCAUUAUAUUUCAAUAAUUUAUUAAGAUAGCCCGAAUAUUUUACAAGUUGAAGACUUCAAUUUGAAACUGGAAUGAAAUCAAUCCGUCCAAAUUAUGUCCAGGAAAUGUAGAAUCUUGUUAGUAUUUUACAGAACGCGAACGCUUGUCUCGUCGGCGUUUUAAUUAUUAAGUACGUAACGAUAGCACAACGACAGAAAACUUUGGUAUAGAUGACCCCCGCUGAACUGUCCCACCAAACUCAAUGACAGGGGGGCGCUACCAUCGUUCAACUAUAUGGUUUCCAACAUGGCAAAAAUCGGAACCAGCGAUCCGGUAUUGACGGUGGCGCCCCACUGUCAAUGUCAUGGAUAGGACAGUUCAGUGUUUUGGAACUAUAAAGUAGCUUUUAGUCGGUACUAUUUUCAAGCCCGUAUAUAAUUCGUGAAUAUUGUUAUGCUUGCGUAUGAAUUGAUUCUUGAUUCUGUUUGUCUUUGUGUUAUAAUUUGUCCUUGUAUACUUAUUGUAUUCGAAUAUUUUUAUUUUCACCCGUAAAUUAUUAAUUAUUUUGAAGUUUAUACUAUAAAAAGUAGCUUGUUUUGUUUACUUAUGAAUAUUUUGAUUGGCUCGUGUAGAGGUGAGCGCAAUGGACGUGCACAAAGGAUCAACAAACAAACACUUUGUCUACGUCCAUUGCAAAUAUACAUUUUAACGAAGAAGACACGAUAAAUGUUGUUUAAAUUAAUGAUGCACUGUGAUAAUAUUAAUUUUGUUUUAGCUUUUAUUUUUUAAUUUAUGAUAUUAUUUACACUUUUUAUAGAUGUAGUUAGCACGAUAAGGCAGCUCUUGUACUGGAGAGGUUUUGAAGCAGUUUUCGCGCGUCCACUCUACACAAAGUUUAUCAG